AUGACAGGGGCAACUUCAACAGGCAGGAAGAAUUUAGAUGCAGAGGCGAGGAACAGAAGGACGGCGCAGAACCGUGCUGCUCAGCGCGCUUUCCGUGAGCGGAAAGAGCGUAAAAUGCGCGAAUUAGAGGAACAAGUGCGAGUUUUAGAGGAGCAGCGGCGCGUGGAAGGAAUAGAGAAGAGUUUUCUAAGGCGGCAGUUGGUUGGGCUGCUUCGGGACCUGCGUUCUACGAAACAAGGUGUUGGUAUAAUGGAUCGGCUGCCGGUUGGAGACCUGAGUGUUGAAGAAGAGCGUAUUUGGACGUCGCUGCAGAAAGAGGUGCAGUCGGUGGAGAUAGGGAGCGACAGCGAGGCGGAGGAUGGACCAGGUCUUCAAGGGCUACCCUCUCCAAACUCGUUGCUUGCGUCGCUGCCGUUGCAGAGCAGCUGGAGUCGUGACUGCACGGAAGAGGUCCAUGAGCCUGUUUUUCCAGAUAUCGGCGAAACCUCAAAGGAAAAUUUACCGAAACUAAGCAAUACAUGGGAAAGAGACGGCAGUGCCAAGUGGAUGCAGCAGCAGCAACAACAACAACAACAACAGCAGCAGCAGCAGCAUCAAGAACCGCGGUCGUGGGCGACGCUAGUCGACAUGUGGGGAGCCCCCGCCACGAACAGCGAUUGGUUUGUGCCUGAUGUGACGCCCUCCGUAGAGCCAUGGCAGGAAUGCCAGGGCGUAGACGAUGUGCUCGCCUAUCUGCAGUAG